AUGGUGCCCGAGCUGUCGCGGCAGGCUGAGCAGCUGUCGGCGAAGCUGGCCGACCUGGCGGACGGCGCGACGCUGGACGUGUUCCCGUACGUGGCGGCGGCCGUGCUGGAGACGCUGCUGGCGCGCAGCGUCGCCAUCGUCGAGGAGAAGUUCUGCAAGCCGUGGUUGUGGGCCUGCGGCUGGCUCUACCGCCGGACCGCGCUCUACCGCGACGAGGCGCGCACGCUCGCCGAGCUCAACGCCUUCUCGCAGGAGGUCAUCGCCCAGCGCGCCUGCCGCCGGCAGGAGGCUGCGGCCGGGGACAGUCGAGACAAGCAGGUGGUGCUGGACUACCUGCUGGCGGCCACGGAGUCUGGCGGGCGCCUCAGCGAGACGGAGCUGCAGGACGAGGUGAACACGCUGCUGUCGGCGGGCUACGAGACCACGGCCACCACCAUCUGCUUCGCGCUGCUGCUGCUCGGCAUGUACCCUCGCGUGCAGGACAACCUGGUCGCAGAGCUGGACGCCGUCUUCGGAGACGACCCGCAACGAACCCCCACAGCGGCUGACCUGCGGCGCCUGCACUAUCUCGAUGCUGUCAUUAAGGAGACGCUGCGGCUGUUCCCGCCGGCGCCGAUCAUCCACCGCGAGGUGGAGACGUCGGAGCUGAAGAUCGGCGGCUGCACGCUGCCGGUGGGCGCCUCGGUGCUGGUGCUGAGCUACUCGGCGCACCGCCACCCCGACCACUUCGACAGCCCGCAGCACUUCUGCCCGGAGCGCUUCGCGGAGCCGCGCGCGCGGCCGCGCCACCCGUACGCGUACGUGCCGUUCGGCGCGGGCCCGCGCAUCUGCGUGGGGCGCGCCUACGGCCUGCUGCUGGCCAAGGCGGCCGUGGCGGCCGUGCUGCGCCGCCUGCGCGUCGAGUCGCGCCUCAGCUGGCAAGACCUGCGCGGC